AAAAAAAAGUCAAAAUGGUUUGUCCCUGUUUUUUACAUUGCUCUUACGGCCCUGUCACGUCGCGCAGGCGAGAGCCCUCACCCUCUCCCCGUUCCUAUGCACGUUCGUGGCAGAGUGUGUGCCUGUGAGAUCUUCCAAUGGCGUCCGCAAAACGGGAACCUUCGAAAGCAGAUGAACCUGCAGCGAAAAAAGUAAAGGUCGCAGUUGCAGCAGACUCUUCGGAACCAAAGGCGAAGCAUCAACGUGUGUUGCUCAAUCCUGCCGACUGCAAUUUAGAUUUCAAUAUUGAAGAUGGUGGUCUUCGAGGUUUUGGACUUUAUGAGCAGGGGUUUGCUUAUUGCUGGUCUGGUGCUCGGGCCAAUGUAGGAAUAACUGGCGGGAAGUAUUGUUUUAGUUGCAAAAUCAUUUCUGGUCAGCCAGUUGACAUGAAAGAUACACCUCCUGAUCAACAACAUGUCUGCCGUCUUGGCAUUUCAAGAGGGGAUGAUGAUGUGGGAAGUCUUGGGGAAACAAGUUACAGCUUUGGGUUUGGCGGCACUGGAAAAUUUUCUAAUGCUGGCAAAUUUUUGGAUUAUGGAGAGAAGUUUGGAGUUGGAGAUACUGUUGUCUGUGCUUUAGAUCUUGAAACGAAGCCUUUGGCUGCAGUAAGUUUCUCUAAAAAUGGGAAAUGGUUAGGUCCUGCCAAGUUGUUUGAUGCUGGACCAAAAGGUCUUGGUGUGGUUGAUUCCCCAGUGAGGAAGCUACAAUGGGAUUCGGCACUGUUUCCUCAUGUUCUGUUGAAAAAUGUUGUUGUUCAGUUGCAGUUCAGUACUGACGAGGGACUUGUUCCUGAAGAAGGCUAUAAACCUUGGGCCUCUGCUCUUGUGGAUGGAAAUGCAGUAAUGGGACCCACUUUUUCUAACCCAAGUAAUUGUGAAGUACUUAUGAUGGUUGGAUUGCCUGCUUCUGGCAAGACUACUUGGGCAGAAAAAUGGGUGAAGGAGCACCCUGAGAAGCAUUAUGUCGUGCUUGGGACAAACCUGGCUUUGGAUCAAAUGAAGGUGCCAGGCCUAUUGCGCAAACAUAAUUAUGGGGGACGAUUUGAGCGCCUGAUGGAUCAAGCAACUGGGAUUUUCAACACCCUAUUAUCGAGGGCUGCUGGCAUAUAUCGUAAUUACAUAAUUGAUCAGACAAAUGUUUACAAGAAUGCACGUAAGCGUAAGAUGAAGCCAUUUGCAAAAUUUCGAAAGAUUGCUGUUGUAGUGUUUCCAAAACCAGAAGAUCUGAAGUUUCGUGCUGGAAAACGAUUUAAAGAGAUGGGAAAAGAGGUACCAGCUGAUGCAAUAAAUGAAAUGAUAGCAAAUUAUGUGUUGCCUGUGAGCAAGGACAUGGCUAAUUCUGAUGAGUAUUUUGAUCAGGUUAUGUUUCCAGAACUCAGCAGAGGAGAGGCACAGAAAUAUUUGAAUGAGAUGAAGCUUUCUCUGAGGCCUGAUUCCAAUAUGAACUCAAAGGAAGACUUCUCAUCCCAUUCUCGGGAAAGUUCUGUCCAUUCAUACAGUAGCCAUUCACUGCACAAUUGUGGAUCUCUAUCAGUUGCUGGUGGACAUCCUCAAAGCUCUCAAUCACUGCCUCCACCAAACUAUGAUUAUUGGAGACCCAACCAAUUGACUUCAGCUUAUGAAGGGGCUGGACUGCAUGGCAAUCUAAGUUCUUUACCAAGAGAUGCUUCUUAUAGAACCGGCAUGAAUUACAGUAGCUCACUUCCUGGAGAUAAUUCCUAUGGUAGUUCACUUCCUAGAGAUAAUUCCAUUGGCUUUCGUUCUCAUGGUGGCUACUCAGUCCCUGGAAGACCUGACAUCAGAAGUUCUGGGUCUGGUAUUGACACUUUCCGUAGUUCUGGAGUGGGUGAUCCCUAUAGCAGAAUGAACGUUGAGGACAGAACUUACAUGCCUGAGGUUGCUUAUAGUCCUUAUGGGGGCAGUGUUACUGAACCCUACAGGAGAUAUAACUUUGAAAGAAGCAGCUCUCAUGAACCUCCACUUGAAAGUGUAAGAAGUUCAUUCACGUACAACUCCUUUGGUGGCCAUAUUGGUCACACAGUGGCUCCUCAAGCUGAUUUGGUUCCAAGAAAUGCUACAUUUCUGCCUGGUCCUUCCCCAGCUGUUUAUGGUAGUUAUUUGAACUUAUUCCUUGUCAUUUACAAUUUUUGUUCUAUUUGUCCUUGUAAUACGUACAUUGAUUUGCUUUUACACAUCAUGAACACCUGCAUUCUUGGCCCAAAAUAAGGAAAAGAAGAAAAAAGACACUUGCAAACACAAAAUCCCACCCACCUCCACAAUCCAAAACUGAUCCAGGGACUAUAAUUUACUCUCUUUUCCACUUUUUGGAACUAAGUUUGAUAUGGAACUUGGAAUAGAUUAGAAAAAUUGCGUAUUAAUCAUCAAGUUGGUGAUAUAUGAUGAACCUAAGGUGGUUUUUGGAAUAAUUCAAUACUUUAAAUCCCAACUGAUUGGCGUCUGCAAUCUUUUUCACCCAUUUAUGGCUGCAAGCUGUGAAAUUCCAGAGCAGAACGUCCUCCUUGCAACCUUUAUGUGCCUUUUUGCUUUCCUAUUGCCCCUCAGUGUUUUUGCUCUACUUUACCUAUUCAUUUAUUGGUUUUGGUUUCAGGAAACUAUACCUACUAUCGUGAUUUUUCCUUUUGCUUUACUUGGAGGUACCUCUUGCUUUCAUGGACACAAUUUCUUCAGCAGUCUAUUGUGCUUGCCUCUUAUUCAUGUCCACACCCUCAUAUUCGUGAUCCUAUCUUUGCGACAUGUUUAAGCAUGCAUGUUUUGCUGAUGAUACUGUCUUCUUUUUAAGAGACCAUAAACCCUCCUUUUUGAAUAUUUUGGGUCUUCUCCAUAUCUUCGAGAGAGUUUAAGGGCUUAAGAUCAAUAUGGGGAAAAGUUGUAUUGUGGCUAUUAAUGUGCCUGAGUGUUAAAAGUGGUCGUUGGAGGUGGGUUGUAGUGUUUUGGAUUGGCCACUGGCCUAUUCUGGGUGUUCCUUCGGGGGACAACCCUAGGUCUGCUAGCUUUUGGGAUCUUGUUGUGGAAAGGGUUUCUAAAUGUUUAGAUGGUUGGAAGGGUGCUCAUUUUUCUAUCAGCGGUAGAAUUACUCGUAGGCUUAUCUUUCUAAUACUCCUUUAUGCUUCCUCUCUUCUUUUAAGAUCCCUGUGGGAGUUGCUAGCCAGAUUGAGAAAAUAAUGGGGGAUUUCUUGAGGUCAUGGGGUAUGGGGCUUUAGGGAUCAUUUAGUAAGCUGGGAAGAAGUGUGCAGAUUUAAACGGGAGGGUUGUUUGGGUCUUGGAAGGUGUCUAAAAAUACAGCUCUGCUGGCUAAAUGGCUUUGGCAGUUUUCGCUAGAGAAUUCUUCCUUGUGGCAUAGAGUUGUAAAAAGUAAGUUUGGAUUAGAUGAGAAUGGAUUGGAUACUAUUUUGGGAUUUAGAUGUUCUUAAGGUAGUCCAUAGAAAGCUAUUUCUCAGAUAUAUCCCCUUUUCAUUCCCCAUACUAUAUUCCUGUGGGCAAGAGUUGUAAUAUCCGUUUUCGGAAAGAUCCUUGGUUAGGGAAUGCAGUUUUGUCCACCUCUUUUCUUCGUCCCUUUUGCUUGUGCUCAGGGCAGGAUGAGUCCAUUAAUUCUUUUGUUGUUGAUCCAAGUGGUCAUUUACCUUCGUGGGAUUUUCACUUUCGAAGUUUGUUGAAUGAUUGGAAGUUGGUAGAGUUAUCUUCUUUGUUAGUCCUGUUGAAUAACUGUUGGUUUUCUUUGGACUCAGUCUUAGCCUUUGGAUUUUUCAGGGGUUUAUUCUUGCAUUAUCUUUUUUUGAAAUUAUGACAAGAUCCAAUCCUUCUUGUCCACUAUAUACAUCCUUAUAGAAGGUCAAAGUCCCCUUUAAAAUUAAGGCUUUAUUUGGUUGGUUGCGCUUGAUUGAAUUAACACCAAUAACUUGUUGUAGACCGGGGACCUUUGAAGGUGAGUCCCCACAUGUUUGUGCGCUUCGCCUUAACUGUUUAGAAUCUGCGUCGCAUCUUUUUAUGUGUUGUGAUUAUGCUUGGAGGAUAUGAAACAAGUUAUUUGGUUUGUUAGGUGAAUGUUGGGUGAGUUCAAAGAUGGCGGAGGACUUUUUGGCAGUUUCUUUUGUUGGUUUUGGCAGUAAAAAGGAAAGGGCAGUGCUCCAAAAAUGUGCUUUCUUUGCAAUAUUUUGGGGGGCUGUGGAUGGAGCGUAAUGUGCAUAUUUUUUCAGGGAAGAAGUCAUAUUUCUUGGUUUGGGAGAAGAUACAUUAUUGGGCUUCUCUUUGGAGUGUGGUUCAUGGGAAUUAUAGGGGGGUGAGCUUUGUAGAUAUUCAAUGCGAUUGGCGGUAUUUGCUUGAUUGUUAGAUUGUGCUGGUUUUAUUUGUUCUUUUUUGUUUUCGAUUUUUCUGUUUUUGGUUGGAUUUUUCCAGCCUUUGUUGAGGAGAUGUCUUAUUCUCUUGGUUGUAAAUUUUUUUAAUCUAUGAAUAAAAUUCUUCUUUUAUUAUUUAAAAAAAAAAUCACGGGGAGCUAGGAAAAUCAUCUAUAAAUCAGUGGAGAAGGAUAAGUCAUGUUUUUCUUGAGUAGUUUCUUCAUUUCCUUAGUAACUAUCAAUUCUUCUCCUUCAUUGAGUAAUAUAUGUUGAUUACCUUUUAUGUCAUGUGGCAUUCAUGUUAAUACGUUGCCACUCGCAAACUGCAACUGAUCACUCCAGGGUUUCAGAUUACACAUAUUAGUUAUUGUUUACGAUCUUUGGAUUUAAAACUUGCAACAUUUUUUAGUUCCUUGAUAAACACAAAGAAUGGGAUUAGUUCAAGAUUUUUGAAGUUGUACAAAUGAAUUGAUUUCAGAAACUAGAUCUCUCUGAUCAAUGCUCUGUUAUCGUUUUGUAAUUUUUUUCUCUUGCUUCUAUAGAAGUUGAUAGUUCCAAGUUUUUGUUUUCAGGUUCGCCUUACGGUACCCCAACUGGUAGGACUUCGUAUGCAAAUUUUCCUGGUAACAUGCCACACUCAGGAGGAUAUCCCUCGCCUCGCCGAAGGAACUACUAACUUCUAGUGCAUAAUUCCUGCAUACUGCUAGUUUCCGCUUAAACAUUGUUUUUGUACAGGGUUGAAAGGAAGACUAAAACUGCUUUUGAUGUUCUUAAUGUUCAAAGUCUCUAAUAGAAGCCUACAGAUUUUCUUA